AUGAACGGCGGUGCGAACGACAGCCGCAAGGCCAACAUGGUCAAUGCGGCGACGACCUUCAAGAAUUUCCAAUUCGACUUCGAUCUGGGGAUGUCGUCUUCAUCCGGCAUUGGAGCGGGGGGAGGUCGCGCGGGAACGGCAGGCGGCAGUCUCAAGGAUCAGAAGCUCGGCGGCGGUUUGGGUGGCGGAGGACGACCAGGCGCGGGGGGCGGGUACGCGCAGGGCGCAACCUCGUGGUCCACAGGCGGAGGAGGGGGAGCAGCGCGCGGUCCCCCCGCCUCCGCCAGCUCCUAUGCGCAGGGGCAGGCGCAGAGGCAAGGGGGAAGCGGGGGGGGACCUAGCUGGGUGCCUCUGGGGCAGUCCGGAAUAGGCAGUGGGGGGAGCGGGGGGAGUGGGGGGAGCGGGUAUGGGGGGAUGGGUAUGGGGAUGGGGAUGAAUGCCAAGCCUUUAAACUCCUCCCUUUCUGGUGCGUCAGCAGCUGCACCUGCCAGCAAGGCGGAUGACGUGUUUGCCAGCCUGUGGAACAGCGCCACUGCCUCUGCGCGCCCUGGGGCCUCGUCCACGUCAUCGUCCACGUCAGCGUACGGUGCGGCCAGGGACAGCGCGGGAGGGGCAUCUGGGGGAGGUAGAUUCGGCGCAGGUGCGGGUGGUGCUGGGGCAGCUGGAGGGGGAGGGGGAGGGGGAGGUGGAGGGUUUGAUCCGUUUGGUAUGGGCGAUCUACGAAGCUCCCCCUUCGGCAACUCCCAACCUCCCAGCGGCUCCCAGCCAUCUGCUGCUGCGUCAGGCGGCUCAUUUGACCCGCUAGUAGACAUGCUUUUUAACUCCAAGCCCACUGCUCCUGCUGCUGCUGCUGCUGCUGCUGCUGGUGCUGGUGCUGGUGCUGGUGCUGGUGCUGGUGCUGGUUCUGUUGGUGGUGGUUUUGCAGCGGCCAGCAGUGACAGCAGCAGUUUCUUCGGAGCGAGCGCAGGCGGUGGUGUUGAUUUCGGGAGCCAAGACGCGGGUGACUGGGGAAGCUGCGGGGAUGCUUCUGCUUCCGCCUCGACAGAAACCACUGUAGAGCUGGACGGCAUCGGGCCGCCGCCACCGGGAGUGACUUAUAACGCAGCGCUCAAUAAGGGGACGGAGUUCUACAAAGGGGGGCAGUUUGCGGAUGCGAUCAAGUGGCUGGUGUGGGCGGAGCAGCUGGCGGAGAGAGGGGGGCAGGCGGAGGGGGGGGGACUGGUGGCUGUGCUGAGUGCAAGGGCGUCGUGCUACAAGGAGGCUGGCGAGAUGAAGAAAGCUGUCGCAGAUUGUAGCAAGGUCCUCGAGAUCGAGCCAGAGAACACAGCGGUCCUAAUGCAGCGAGCAUGCCUGUACGAGGCGAUGGAGAAGUACAAGCUGGGCGUGGCUGACCUGCGCCUGCUCUCCCGCCUCGACCCUUCCAACCGCGCUGUUGCCACGAGCCUUAAUCGGCUUACCAAGGCGCUUGCUGCUCUAGGGUGA